GGAGGAGGGGGAGGAAAAAGAUCGCGACGGGAGGAGGAGGAGGAGGAGGAGGAGGAGGAGGAGGAGGAGGUGGAGAAGGGGGAGAAUAUCGGCAAUGGGAGGAGAAGGAGGAGGAGGAAGAAGAUGGCGAUGGGAAAGGAGGAGAGGAGGAAGGAGGAGGAGGAGGAGGAGGAGGAGGCAGAAGACGGCAAUGGGGAGGAGGAGGAGGAAAAAGAUCGCGACGGGAGGAGGAGGAGGAGGACGAGGAGGAGGAGGUGGAGAAGGGGGAGAAAGAUCGGCUAUGGGAGGAGAAGGAGGAGGAGGAAGAAGACGGCGAUGGGGAGGAGGAGGAGGGGGAGGCAGAAGACGGCGAUGGGGAGGAGUAGGAGGAGGAGGACGACGACGACGACGACGACGACGAGGAAAAAGAUCGCGAUUGGAGGAGGAGGAGGAGGAGGUGGAGGAGGAGGAGAAGGGGGAGAACGAUUGGCUAUGGGAGGAGAAGGAGGAGGAGGAAGAAAAUGGCGAUAGGGAAGGAGGAGAGGAGGAAGGAGGAGGAGGAGGAGGCAGAAGAUGGCGAUGGGGAGAAGGGGGAGGAGUAGGAGGAGGAAGAAGAUGGCGAUGGGGAAGGAGGAGAGGAGGAGAACGAGGAGGUGGAGGUAAAUGGCGAUGGGGAGGAGGAAGAGGAGGAGGAGAAGGAGGAAAAAGAUCGCGAUGGGAGGAGGAGGAGGAGGAGGAGGAGAAGGGGGCGAAAGAUCGGCUAUGGGAGGAGAAGGAGGAGAGGAGGAAGGAGGAGGAGGAGGAGGCAGAAGACGGCGAUGGAAAGGAGGCGGAGGAGGAGGAUAGCGAUGGGGAGGAGGAGGAAAAUGCCGAUGGGCGGGGGGGGGGGAGGAACUUGCUGGAAUUGGUGCGGACAGCGGAGGAGGAGGAGAACAACACCGGUAAUGGUGGUUCGGAGGGAGGAGAUGUCGGGGCAAACGUUGGGGACAAAGGAGGGAGACAAGUGGGGAGGGGUGGAGAGCCGGGUCCGCAGUCUUGCAGUGGGGUGGAGGAUGUUGGGGGGAGGGUCGUCGAUGUGCGAGGUGCAUGUCGGGGGGAAGCAGGCCCUUCUCGUGCUAAUGCACUGCAAGCACGAGUGUGUAAUCGCGGGCAGAGGAAGCAGAGUUCCAUCGCGAGGUGGGUCAAAAACCCACGACAAAAGGACAUUGAUGAGAGCUGCAUCGAGUUCUUUGUGGAGAACGCAAUCCCCUUCAAUGUGGCGAAGAGCAAGUCCUUCAAGAAGUUCUCAUUGGUGAAUUACAUCCUCGCAGGGCGUUCGAAGCCACUAUUCGUCAAGUAUGAGGACGUCAGCGAUCAGGACAAGGACGUCGGUGCAGUUGUUCGUGGAUGGAAGAACUUCUUUAGGGAGAUUGGGGUUGAGAAGAUCACGGCCAUCUGCACUGACUCCUUCUCGGGAAACAAAAGUGUCGCCAUGAUGUUGAGGGCGGAUCCAGAGUUCCAGCACAUAUACUGGAUCCCGUGCAUUGCACAUUGCAUGGACUUGUUCAUGCAGAAUGUGGGCGACAAGCCAUGGGCUAAGGAUGCCAUCAAGAAGGCGAAUAUGGUCGUGAAGUUCUUCAGGAACCACAAGUGGCCGCGAUCAAUGUUGAGGACGGAGCUGAUGGCACAAAAUGGUGUGGAGGUCAGAGUUCUUCUUCGUCCUGCCCUUACGAGAGGGAUCUUUGGUGACCCAGCAGCGUUGAGGAGGGCAGACAAGGACAAUGCAAUGUUGUGGUGGGAGGCACACGGAGGUGGUCAUCCGGAGUUGAAGAUGCUGGCCAUGAAAGUGCUUUCGAUAUGGACCACAUCCUCUCCUGCAGAGAGGAACUGGAGCACGUGGUCCCUCGUGCAGACGAAGACGAGGAACCAGCUGAAGCACAAGCGUACAGAGAAGCUUGUCUACUCGCACUGGAACCUCAGACUGAAGAGCAAAGGGGAAGAUGGGCCGACAGUGAAAGGAGGUUGGUUGGGGCUGGAGCAAGACUGGGUGGACGAGGAUCUCAAAGGCGAGGCAAUUGGCAUGCUUAAUGUGGAGGACGAUGAUGCAGUCAGGCAUGGCGCCACUGGAUCUGAGAGGGGAAGCACCAACAUCGUCACUGCGUGUCGUGCAACUCAGAGUACGACGCAUGGACCGGAUGUCUUCAAGGAGCAGGAGGAGGAGGAGGAGGAAGAGGAGGAGGAGGAAGAGGAGGAGGAGGACGAGGACAAGGGAGAUGAAUUCCCUCGCGAGGAGUAGCGCAGUGACAAGUCCGACUCAGAUAGGUCGUGGACGAGGAGAGAGGGCAUUCUACCGUACACACCCGGGCCGCGUUUCAGCCACCGGAUUGCAUCACGGAAUGCUCGGGGACAG